UUGAAGUCAAUUUGGGCCGGAGAUAUGUUCUUACCUUUGAAUAUGAAAGGAUCAGCGGAGGAAUAUUUAAAAGAGUUAAAAGGAAAAUUAGAAAUAGCAACCGAAAAGGCAAGGUUAACAAGUGAUGUGCAACAAAGUAAUUAUGCCAAAUAUUACAAUAGAAGGAAAAAAUACCGGGAAUUUGAGCCAGGAGAUCAAGUACUUGUGCUAAUGCAUGAUUCAUCCAAUUCAUUAUAUGCCAGAUGGAUAGGUCCAGUAAAGGUAAUUAGAAGAGUGAAACCGAAUUCGCAUUAUUUGCAAAUGCCUGAAGGAAAUUUAAGAUUAUUGCAUGUUAACAAAAUGAGAGAAUACAAAGCGAGAAUUCAAACAGUUGGAGUUGUCUAUGAUAUUGAUGAUGAAUUUGGUGAAAUAUACGAAACACCAACUCUUCCUACAGAUGUGGAAAGCUAUGAAGCAUUCAAAGGAUUAAAUUUGGAUUACUUACCCAAAAUGCAACAAAAUCAAUUGAAAGAUCUUUUACAUAGACGCAAAACGUUGUUUUCGGGGAAGAUAAGGAUAGCUAAAGUUGGGAAACAUGCGAUAAAGCUGAAAGCUGAGGAGGAUAUAGUAGGAAAGAAGAAAUUCAUUACUGUGCUAGAUAUGUUGAAGGGAUAUUGGGCCAUACCGAUGGAGAACGGCAGCAAACACCUCACAGCAUUCCGAACUCACCGAGGCCAGUACCAAUGGAAUGUAUUACCCUUUGGAUUAAGAAAUGCUGCUGCAACCUACCAAAGAGCUAUGUCUAAAGUGGUUCAGUUCAUGUCUGAUUUCACUUGUGCUUAUAUCGAUGAUUUAGCAGUAUUUUCUGAUACGUGGGAGGAACAUUUGAUUCAUCUUGAAGAAGUUUUUAAGAGAUUGGAAUAUUUUAAUUUCUCCGUGAACUUGAGAAAGUGCGAAUUUGCUAGACAAAAGGUUAAAUACUUAGGACAUAUUAUUGGUUCAGGUAAACAUGCUCCUGACAAAGAACGAAUAAGAGUAAUACAGAAAUUAGAGGCACCCAAAACCAAAAAACAACUGAGAAGUGCUUUGGGAUNAAAUGCCUGA